GCUCGGUGGUGGGGAUUCAAUCACAGUUGAUUGUAAGAAGUCUCAUUCAUCGCUUAUGAAAGAAACCAGUUUGCCGAGAGGCAGGAAAAAUCGAGUAAAACUUAAAACAAGUUGGAGUGGAGUGAGAAGUGAUAAAUGGAGGCUGUGCUGUGAUCAUGGCGGACGCAAAUACGCUCUUCAGAACGGAGGAAAGACUCAAAAUUAAAAUAGGUGAAGCAAAAAACUUAGCUGCCAGAAAUCAUGGUUCAGUUUCCCACCGAGAUGUCUACUGUGCCAUUUCACUGGACCAAGAAGAAAUAUUUCGAACAUCCACCAUCGAAAAAACUCUGAAUCCGUUCUUUGGAGAAGAGUUCCAGUUUGAAGUCCCAAGAAGCUUUCGCUUUUUGAGCGUGUAUGUUUAUGAUCGAGAGAGCAAGCUGGAUAAAAUUAUUGGUAAAGUUGCCAUUAAGAAAGAAGAACUACCUAGUUAUAACAACAACAAAGACUUCUGGUUCCCCAUCCGCCCAGUUACCGCUGAUAGUGAAGUUCAGGGGAAGGUUCAUCUGGAAGUUCGUUUCGAGAAGAACUCAACGUACGGAGCUGCAGAGCGCCUAACUGUACGUUUGAAUGAAGCCUGUGACCUCACAUUAUUCAAUGGAUCUUGUGAUGCAGUUGCAACAGUCACAGUUAAAUACAUGAAUGGCAAAGUUGACAUGCGGAAAACCAAAAUCAAGAAAAAAACUAAUUCACCUCUUUUCGAUGAAACUUUUACUUUUGAGCUAGCCAACCUCCCGCGGAAUACUGAUCACAGUGUUUCUCCUAAUGAUAGAGACUGGUCUGAGCUUAUGGUAACAUUAUACCAUGAUUCAUCCGGUGGUAAUGUCUUCUUAGGUGAAGUAAAAAUACCUCUGCUUGGUACUAAACAGCAGAAUUAUGCAGCCACCAAUGCAUGGUACUACCUGCAGCCGCGCAAGAAACGACCCACUCAAAAAGUGUCAGCCUCAUCUCUCUCGUCAGCGAUAAAUGAUGAGAAUUCGAUCGGAUCACUGCGGCUGAAGAUCAAUUACAUUCUGGACCACGUUCUUCCUUCACACAACUACAUCAAGCUCAGAGACCUGAUAAUUAAGAAUCCAGAGUCUCAACCGAUUACCUCCAGUGCCGCUUACUUGCUUGGCGAAAUAAUUCCGUGCAAGAUCGAUGCAGCCCAGCCUUUAGUGAGGAUACUUCUUCAUUACGAUCAGAUUGUGCCAACAAUCAGAGCAUUGGCUAAAUGGGAGAUUUCUAAAGUCACGGAUGCCAACACCAUAUUCCGAGGAAAUACACUGGUUUCUAAAAUGAUGGAUGAAGUAAUGAGACUGGCAGGAUUGAGGUAUCUCCACGAAACGUUGCGUGGCCCUCUGGAGAAAAUUUUCCUGGAGCGCAAGCCGUGCGAAAUUGAUCCAACCAGAGUGAAGGACACCAAUACAAUUAGGACUAAUUUUAAUAAUUUGAAAAUGUAUGUCAAAGAAGUAUUUGAAGCAAUCACGACAUCUGCAUUGCAUUGCCCAUCAAUUUUGUGCCAAAUUUUCCACAACUUAAAAGAUUUGGCCAUUUUAUACUUUCCUGACAAUAAAGAAGUCAGGUACUCUGUUGUGUCCGGCUUUAUUUUUUUAAGAUUUUUCGCUCCUGCUAUCUUGGGACCUCGGUUAUUUGAUCUCACCACAGAGCAAAUUGACUCACAAAUGAAUAGAACUCUUACUCUAAUUUCUAAAACAAUUCAGAGCCUUUGUAAUCUCGUUUCGUCGCGGACACCUCCUUGCAAGGAGGAAUACAUGAGCUCCAUGUAUCAAACAUUCUAUUCAGACGAAACCCACAUCACAGCUGUUAGACAGUUUUUAGAAUUAAUCUCCGCGUCCUCUGAUCCAGCUCAGAAGAACUCAGAUGCUCCAGUAAUUCUGAAGGAAGGAGUUAUGACUAAGAGAGCGCAAGGUAGGAAACGAUUUGGAAGAAAAAAUUUCAAACAACGAUAUUUUCGACUGACCACAAGAGAUUUGUCUUACGCUAAGCAUAAAGGCAAAGAACCACUUUACAGCGUUGUAUUACCUGAUAUUCUAGCUGUAGAGCGAGUUCGACAGGAAGCAUUUAGGAAGAAUAACAUGUUUCAAAUUAUACAACCAGAUAGAAUUCUUUAUGUACAGGCUAGUAAUUGUGUGGAGGAAAAGGAAUGGAUAGAUAUGUUACAUAAACUGUGUUCCAGCAAUAAGAAAAAAUUAGAAACGUAUCAUCCUGCUGCAUACAUUAAUAGCUGUUGGCAGUGUUGUAGGCAGGCGAAUGAAGAUGCAACAGGCUGUAGUCACACAACGAUCAUACCUGCUGUAAAUAAAUUACAAACAAAUGUUGAUGCAGAUAGAGAAUUAGCAAGGAUACACGCCUUAAUUAUUGCUCAUUUAGAUAGAUUAGAAGACAUUUUAAGAGCUUGUCAAGCCGUUUAUCCCGGUGAUAUAAGUAUUUUACCAAGUUCAGUCAUAGAAGAUGUUCCCUCAUGCUGUCGGACGCUUUCGUCUCUCCGAGAGAAUGCCAUUCUCUUGGAGCAAGAGCAUAGGAGAGUCCUGCGAAUUCUCGCUAGGGAAACUAAAUAUGGUAGCAAGCAAGCACCAAUAGGCGAUGAUAACUAUCUCUUCCUCUUGGGCGCCGGGCGAUUGGAUCCGUCACUGAGGCUGUCCUUGAGUUGACAGACCGUUGUUUGAAAACCCUAGAUGAAUUGCAAACGAGCAACUUGCAGUCCAAAUCAACCAUCGUCUCAUCACCAACUCUCCAAAACCGGUUGGUAGCUGUAGUAAGUGUGGUCCAUUUUUCGUCUCAUGUUCCUUUGUUUAAUCCCCUUUCAGGAAGAGUUAAGAAAGGGAUCCAUUUUGAAGGCAUCCAUCAGAGCUGGCUUUUUUAAAUUUGUUGCCCAGAAAAUUUUUGAUAGAAAACUUCAAAUAUUUGUUAGAGUAUGAUGGAAAUUUUGUAAUAUUCUCACAUGGACUUAAAUGUUCCUUGUGGAGAGUGUAUUUUUUCUGUUGCGGCCUCUACAAUUGUAUUACUUUUGUAAAUCUCAUUAUCACAAACUCAUUUUAUGUGCUAUUGUUAAAUUUUUUACAGAUGGGAUACAUUUUAUUUUAAGGAAAGAAUUUCUACGGCGUUUCUGCCUCUAAGGUACUUAAAAAUUGCGCUGCCUACUAAGAAAUAUUUUCCUAAAAAAUUAAAAGGAGGUAUUUUUGCCAUGCAGAUCGGUUAACAAGUACCUCUACCCCAUCUUCCUCCUGUAAUCCUUAAAAACUUGGAAUAGGUAUUUUUAUGUGGAUUUAAGAGAUUUGAAAUAUUUACUUUUGUAAUAUUUGGCGUAUUAGACCUUUUACUUAAACCAGCAGCAAAGUAUUGUUGUCUUUUUUCAGCGUAACAGAUCAAAAUACAAUGAAUUACAAUACUUCGCAAUUACUUUGAUUUUUUUAAUAAUUAAGUGUGGAUUUUUCUAACUUUUUAAGCAAUGCACCUUUUGAUUGCUCUUACUCCUUUGUUUCAGUAGUUUUAAUUUUGGAUCACAAAUUUGCAUUCAACGUAAUUUAUUUUCAGUGAAGAUGUUUUUGUUGUAAUUUUUUCCUUUUACAUGAUGAUAAACAAAUGAAAAGGAAAAAUCAUUGUAUCAAGCAUCCUUACCCGACAGGGUUGCUGAAAAAAGAUGAGCUACUUACCAGGAAUAGAAGGUUUUUUUUUUAUUUUUAUCUUCCAAGAAAAAAUUUGCUGAAGGAAAAGAAGUGUGCUCUGUGUAGACUAUUAAUUUUUUCAAUUGAUUCUCUGCUCUUUUGACAAAUGAAACUGAUAGAUGUUUUUCUAUGGUUUGAAUCAACUGAGGUUGAUACUCUAUAAGUUUCUCCAUCAAAUCUUUUUCUCAUUCUCAAUAAUUGAAACAUUCAAGCACUGCUCAAGCAAAACUUGGAAUUUGUAUUUUUUAAAUCAAAUAUUGUAUCAAGCCCUUGAAUUCUUCAUGUCAGCCUUUUUAUGAACACAAAAUCUAUUAAAUGUAAACCAAGUUCAUAAAAAAAGUAACAAAUAAAAUAUCAUCUAAGUAUAAAAGCUCUCAUCUGAAAAAGAUCAAAAUGCAUUGCUUAAAUUACUGUUAAAGGCGAUGUGAUCUAAUAUUUCCUCCAUGACAAUGUUAAAAUCGAAAAUUCAGUUAGGAAAUUGAUGUCCUCCCAAUAGAUGCUUGGUUUUUGUAUUGCUAAAUCGACUGCCAUGUUAGCAGUCAAAUCUUCCUGAAUCGUCAUUCUUAUUUGUAACCCUCUGUGUCUGUUAUUUUUACAAGCUCUGCAAAUGGAAAGGAAUAGCCGAAAGAAAAUUAUAAAUUUACUGGAUCUAUCAGUUUUACCCAGAGACUAAAA